AUGAAUUAUUUUUCUAAAUAUAAGGUUAUUGAAUCUAAUGGGUUGUUUUAUACAAAAAAUGAAAAAUAUGCUAAUUUUUUUAUAAAUAUAAAAAAAAAGAAACAAGUUAAAAAUAAAGAUGAUAGUUAUAAUAUUAUAAAAUUAUUAUUUCCAAGAUGUAUUAUUGUUUUUAUCAUUUUAUUAUUGUUUAUAAUUCCAUUGAAUGAAGUUAUAUAUAAUGAAUAUGAUUGUUCUAGUAAACACAUUCAACAUUAUUGUAUUAGAAACUUAUCAGAGAGUUUAAGGGGUAAAAAUGAAUUUGACGAUGAUUCGGAAAAUUGGUGGUCAAGUAAUUUGUUUAAAGAAAAAAAAAAAAGUGUAAAAAAUUCGGAAGAAAUAAAAAAUUAUUCUAGUUGUAAAACAAAAAAAAGUAAGUCUCAACAUAAAUCUAAAACAAAGAGUUCUAAAGAAAAAAGUGUAAAAAAUAUUUUUGGUAGUAAAAGAAGUAGUUCACAUGAAAAUACUGAUUUAUAUAGUGAUAGUGAUGUGGAGUAUGACUAUGGAAAUCUAUUUUAUGAUUGUUAUUAUACUGAAGAAUUAAUUGAACCCUGCGUAGAAAAAGAAGAAGAAACAUAUUAUGAUGCACAAGAAGAUUUUCCUAGUGAAGAAAAAAAUAAAUAUAAAAUAAAAGAAAAUGAAAAAUCUUAUAAAAAUGUAAAUAAUGACUGUAAGGUAGAAGAUGUAGAAAAUAUGCAUUAUAAACUUUUUUAUAACUGGAAAUUAGGAAAAGAAGCUUUGACGAAAUUAUUAGGAUGUUCUAAUAGAUUAAGAGUAAAUAAUGUGAAAUAUGCUGAUUGGAAAUUUAAAUCUAUUCCAACUGUAGGUUUUUCAAAAGAUGGAGAUAGACUUCAAGAAAUGUUUAAAGCUUCUGUUUUUUCAUAUAAUGAGAAAGGUGAAGAAGAAGGAGAAGUAUAUUUAUUUAUUAAAAAGAUACCUAUAGAGGUGUGGGUAAGACAGUACAAUCUUAUGAAUGCUCAUAAAGGAGAAUAUUUAUUAGAUGGAGAAAAUUUUAUUAUGGAAGGAGUAACCUCAGCUUAUUUAAGCGAGUAUUAUCCUGGGCUCAUACCUAAAUUGUACAAGGUAUUAUAUGAGCCUGAAAAUGAUAAAUGUAAUGUCGACAAUAACAAUACAAAUGUAGAUAAUCAUAAGAGUGAUAGUAAGCAUAAGAGUAAUAGUAAGCAUAAGAGUAAUGGUAAACAUAAGAGUAAUAGUAAGCAUAAGAGUAAUGGUAAACGUAAAAGUGAUAGUAAUGACCAAGAUGAUAAAAAUGACCAACGUGAUAGUAAUGACAGGAGUGAUAAUAAUCACAAAUGUGAUAGUAACAACAAAUGUGAUAAUAAUAGCCAUAAUAAAAAUAACCAUAAUGAUGAUAAUAAUACAAACGAUGUUGUUGAUGAAGAUAUUGAGGCUUAUAGUGAUUUGAAUAAAUUUAAUGAGAUGUUAACAGAACAAUUAAAUAAAAAUAAGAAUGGUUAUGUUGUUUUUGUUUCUGAAUUAUUUGGUGAAGAUCUUUUUCAAUAUAUUAAUAAAAGGAAUGAAAAUGAAGAUACUCGUGUAAGAAAUGAAGAUAAAAAAAUAAUUAUGUUUGAAUUUUUAAAGUUAUUAAUAAAAUUACAUAAUGCAGGAUUGGCACAUCUUGAUAUAUCUCCUGAAAAUAUUUUAAUAGAAAAUAAUGGUGAUUUACGUUUAUGUGAUCUAGCUAAAUGUGCUCCAUUAUAUACAUGUAAUUUAAGACAUAUUAAAGGAAGUGGGGAUGAUUUAUAUUUAUUCCAAUCUUAUCAACCAUGUGUUGGAAAAAUCCCAUGUAUUCCAAAAGAGUGUUGGGAUAUUAUAAGAGAACAUAUAAAUUUAAAAAUUGAUCAUCCUUUUGAAUAUUUAUCAUCUAUUACUGAUCAAGAAGAAAGAAAAAAAUAUUAUUUUGAUGUACACUGUGUAGAUAAAUAUAUGCUUGGUAUAUUUUAUAUAUGGAUGUGGAAUUUAAGUUAUAUAUGGAAACGAGCUGAUCCACCAAAUGAUAAAACAUUUAAUAAUUUCUUAAAAUACGAUUUGAAUAUAAAUGUAUUUCAGUUAACCCAACAAUGGCCAAAAGGACUCAAAGAUAUAAUUAACAAAUUAUUAUUACUAGAAAGCAGAAUGAAGACAGAUUUAAAUGAAUUAACUGAACAUCCUUGGUGGUUUAGUGAAGAUUAA